AUGUUUCUCCGUAGGCAGCCGUCUCUCCUUGUAUUCUUCGUCAGUGUCGUUGCUUCAUUCGCUCUAACUGCUACAAAUAUGCGAAAAGCCUUGAUUAUUUUCAUUUUUAUUUAUCUCACUAAGAAAGGGGUGAGGCUGGGUGCCAUGAGUGAGAGGUUGAAGGGGGCUGCUCGAGCUGGAAAUAUUGAUGAAUUGUAUACAUUAAUUCGGAGGGAUGCAUAUAUUUUAGAGCGUGUUGAUCAGAUGCCUUUUUCUGACACUCCUUUACACAUAGCUUCAGCUGCAGGGCACAUUGAUUUUGCAAUGGAGAUUAUGAAUUUAAAGCCAUCCUUUGCAAUAAAGCUGAAUCAAGAUGGCUUUAGCCCCAUUCACUUGGCCUUGCAGCAAGGGCAGACAGAGAUGGUGCUUCGUCUACUGGUAACUGAUAAGGAUCUUGUCCGUGUUAAAGGGAGCGGAGGAAAAACUUCUUUGCAUUAUGUAGCUAGCGAAGGAAACCUCAGUCUUUUGGCUCAAUUUCUACUGCAUUGUCCUAAAUGUAUUCAAGAUGUGACAAUCCGAAAUGAAACUGCUUUGCACAUUGCGGCGGAAAACAAUAACUUAGAAGCUCUUCGAGUCUUGGUACAGUCACUUAAGAGGACUAACCUUUAUGGUAAAUCCUCAGAAAAAAAGCUCUUGAAUUUCAAGGAUAAGGAUGGCAACACAGUAUUGCACAUAGCUGCAUCCAACAAUCAACCCCAGAUGGUCAAACUAUUGAUAAAAUGUAAGGUUCGUAUAAACAAGAUCAAUUCAAGGGGUUUGACAGCUCUUGAUAUCUUAGAAAGCAUGAGCAAUGUUGACAACAGAGAGAGUCUGGAGAUUCUACGCCAUUUUGGAGGCUUGAAUGCUUCUGCGACUCGUAGACCUCCACCCUUACAUGUGAUGUUAGGAUCAAGGAUCACACUUCUUGAAAACGCAUUUGGUGAAGUGUUUCAUGAUAUUAUCACUAUGUCAGCUGAUAGGAGCAAUGCAUUGCUAGUAGUAUUAGUACUGAUUUUAACAUCAACUUACCAGGCCGCUCUGAACCCCCCUGCUCAUUUUUCUGGGGCUUCUACCGUCUCUGGCGCCGCAAAUAACACUUCCACCGAUUCCACUGUGGGGAAAUCAGUGAUGAGAUCAACUGGUUUUCUUCUCUUCUACAUCCCAAACACCGUAGCUUUUAUCAUCGCAAUGAUCCUAACACUUGGCCUUCUUGCAAUUGUUGCCAGUGGCAUCACUACUCUUCUUCUAGUGCCACUACUUUUAUUAUAUUUUUGCCUCCUGUCUUCCACAUAUGAUAUGUCUCCAGCAUCUGGCCGUAUUGUUCUUUGGUUUUGUUUCAUUAUUAGUUUGCCGGUAGCGCUGAGAGUCAUAGACCAAAUAAAAAGACUUGGGAAACAUUUGAUUCAGAAGGAGAUACCACUACCUUAA